UCCAGAAAGCAGAAGAUGAAUCCAGGGACCAGAGCUGAAGUCUGUACUCCAAGUAUUGACAUCCGAAAUGAGAUCAGCCAGUUCAAGCGGCUGGAGAACUGUACGGUGGUGGAGGGCUACCUGCGCAUCCUCCUCAUCAACGACAAGACCAGCAACAUCCACCAGGAGGCCUUCCGUUCCCUCAGCUUCCCUAAACUGACCGUCAUCACGGACUACCUGUUGUUAUUCCGUGUCUCGGGCCUGGACAGCCUCAGCAUGCUCUUCCCCAAUCUGAGUGUUAUCCGUGGACACAAUCUCUUCUACAACUACGCCCUUGUGAUCUAUGAGAUGACCAGCCUGAAGGACAUUGGCCUGUACAACCUGAGGAACAUCACUCGGGGUGCCAUGCGGAUUGAGAAGAACCCCGAGCUCUGCUACAUAGAUUCAGUGGACUGGUCUCUCAUUAUGGAAACUGAGUUCAACAAUGUUAUCAAUGGAAAUAAGAAGUCAAAAGAGUGUGACAAUGUCUGUCCAGGAAUCAUGCAGGAUAACCCUCUUUGUCAGAGGACAUCGUUCAAUGACAUCUACGACUACCGCUGCUGGACAUCCAACCAGUGCCAGAAAGUAUGCCCAGAACGCUGCAAUCUUGCGUGUACGGACAAGGGGGACUGUUGCCACAGCCAGUGCCUGGGCAGCUGUACUGAACCCAACAAUGAUAUGGCCUGCUCCGCCUGCCUCCACUACUUUCACGAGGGCCGCUGUGUGCCAGACUGUCCCCCAGGCACCUACAAGUUUGAGGGUUGGCGCUGCAUCACCAUGGACAUGUGCUCUCAGGUGCACCUGCCUGGUGACACUCACUUUGUCAUCCAUGGGAGAGAGUGUAUGCCCGACUGCCCCUCUGGCUUCACGCGCAAUGAGACUAAUCGUAUGUUAUGCAGUGCCUGUAAUGGCCCCUGUGAUAAGUUCUGCACGUCCCCCGUCAUUGACUCCGUGGAUGCUGCUCAGUCUCUGAAGGACUGUACUGUCAUUGAGGGCAAUCUGGAUAUCAACAUCCGCCGUGGAAAUAACAUAGCGUCUGAGCUGGAGAGCUUCAUGGGACUGAUCCAGACAGUGACAGGCUACGUGAAGAUUCGACACUCCCACGCACUUGGCUCGCUGUCUUUCCUCAAGAGCUUGCGUUACAUCAAUGGGCAGGAACUCAUCGACAACAUGUAUUCGUUUUCCGCCAUCAACAACCAGCACCUGCAGCACCUGUGGGACUGGAGUCAGCACAACCUGACUAUUCAGGCUGGUCGUCUCUUCUUCCGCCUGAACCCCAAACUCUGCAUGUCUGAGAUUAUCACCAUGUGGACAAAGACAGGGAUAACUGUGAAGCCAGAGGAGGGUGAUUUCCGUAACAACGGUGAACGAGCCAGCUGUGAAAGCUAUAUUUUGAAGUUCAAGUCUAAUACCACACAAAGCCAUGUGAUCACGCUGAAGUGGGAGCGCUAUCAGCCGCCGGACUAUGGAGACCUUAUCAGCUUCAUAGUCUACUACAAGGAGUCCCAUUUCCAGAACAUCACAGAGUUUGACGGCCAGGAUGGCUGUGGCUCAAACAGCUGGCACAUGGUGGAUGUGGAUCUUCCUCAGGAUAAAAACAGUGACCCAACAGUCACUCUUCAGCACCUGAAGCCCUGGACCCAGUAUGCUGUUUUUGUGAAGGCCAUUACCCUGCAGGUGCAGGACAAACACAUUACUGGGGCAAAGAGUGAUAUAGUCUACAUUCGCACACGCCCAUCAUGGCCCUCUAUACCAAAAGAUGCUCGUGCAUAUGCCAACUCCUCGACCAAGCUGGUGGUAAAGUGGUCACCUCCAGUCUUUCCCAAUGGUAAUCUGACCUACUACCUGGUCCGCUGGCAGCAGCAGCCUGAGGACAGGGAACUCUACCAACACAACUACUGCUCUAAAGAGCUGAAGAUCCCAAUCCGAAUCCCAGCAACAGGGCUCACAGACACGGAAGAGUGCAUGAAGCCCACUAAGUCAGACCUGGCAGGGGCAGAGAAGGGCCCAUGCUGUGCCUGUCAGAAGACACCAGAGGAGAUGGCCCAAAAGAAGGUCGACCGCGUCCUUUUAAAAGCUUUUGAAAACUUUCUUCACAAUGCCAUCUUUCUGCCAAGACCUCCAGACCGUCGACGUAGAGAUGUUUUUGGCGUGGCUAACAACACAAUGUUUCCUGAGAGUGCUGGUAGGUGGAACACCACAUUUGGCCCAGGGGAUAACGGUACAGAUGGCAUUCCUCCUGUCAAAGAGUACCCCUUCUCAGAAGACAAGAGCACAGUGGAAUAUUUAGAGAUCCUCAACCUGCGGCCCUUCACAGUCUACCGUAUUGACAUCCAUGCCUGCAACGAGGAGGUGCGGCGCUGCAGUGCUGGAGCAUUUGUCUACUCCAGGACAAAACCCGCAAUCAAAGCAGAUGACAUCCCUGGAAAAGUGAUCUAUGAGAGGAACGACGAGGUUGAGGGUUGUGUGGUGCUGCACUGGCCAGAGCCCAUCAUGCCCAAUGGACUCAUCCUGAUGUAUGAGAUCAAGUUCCGUCUUGGGUCUGAGCCUGAGAAACACGAGUGUGUAUCGCGACAGCAGUACCGCGAGCACAGAGGAGCUCGCCUGAUGAACCUGGGUCCGGGAAACUACUCUGCCUCUGUGCGGGCCACUUCUUUAGCAGGGAACGGCUCCUGGACGGAAAGAGGGUCCUUCUAUGUGUCUCCACCCAACCGACCCGAUACUGUUAUGUUCUACUUGGCCAUCAUUAUUCCCAUCAUAGUAAUCUUUUUCAUUGCCGGCCUCAUUACAAUUCUCUUCUUUGUGAACAAAAAGAGGAACAGCGACAGACUGGGGAAUGGAGUCCUUUAUGCGUCUGUCAAUCCAGAGUACUUCAGUGCUGCUGAGAUGUAUGUCCCAGAUGAGUGGGAGGUGGCCAGAGAGAAGAUCACAAUGCACCGGGAGCUGGGGCAGGGCUCCUUCGGCAUGGUGUACGAAGGCAUCGCCAAGGGAGUGGUCAAGGAUGAACCCGAGACGCGAGUGGCUAUCAAGACAGCCAAUGAGUCGGCCAGCAUGAGGGAGCGCGUUGAGUUUCUGAACGAGGCCUCUGUCAUGAAGGAGUUCAACUGUCACCAUGUGGUGCGAUUACUAGGCGUGGUCUCACAGGGACAGCCAACAUUGGUGAUUAUGGAGUUGAUGCCCCGUGGAGAUCUCAAGAGCCACCUGCGCUCUCUGCGCAAAGAAAAAGCCACCAGCCAGGUCCUACCCCCACUCAAAAAGAUGAUCCAGAUGGCAGGGGAGAUCGCCGAUGGCAUGGCCUACCUAAAUGCCAACAAAUUUGUCCACAGAGAUCUGGCUGCCAGGAACUGCAUGGUAGCAGAGGACUUCACUGUGAAGAUUGGAGGUAACCCUCAGGAGCUUCCUCUCUAUGAGACAGAUUACUAUCGAAAAGGAGGGAAGGGCUUGCUGCCUGUUCGUUGGAUGUCUCCAGAGUCACUGAAAGAUGGCGUGUUCACUACAAUGUCUGAUGUCUGGUCAUUUGGUGUCGUGCUGUGGGAGAUCGCCACCUUGGCAGAACAGCCUUACCAGGGCAUGUCCAAUGAACAGGUGCUGCGCUUCGUCAUGGAGGGAGGACUACUGGACAAACCUGACAACUGCCCUGACAUGUUGUUUGAGCUGAUGAGGAUGUGCUGGCAAUAUAACCCCAAAAUGCGUCCAUCCUUUCCGGAGAUCAUCAACGGCAUCAAAGAUGAACUGGAUCCUACCUUCAAGGAAAUGAGCUUUUUCUUCAGUGAAGACAACAAGCCUCCGGACACCGUGGAGUUGGACAUGGAGGUAGAAAACAUGGAGAACAUUCCACUGGACCCUGCUUCCACCAUGCAGCCCUCUGCUGCUGCCACACCCUUGUCCGGGUGUACACGAGGGACGCCUUCUCCUUCCCAGCAGUUAUCCCCCAUGCAAGGCUCAAGUACCCCCUUACUGGGACCUGUCUCUCCCUCCUCCCCGGGCCCAGGUGCCUCAGCCUUGGCAUCUCCAGGCCAAGCCUCGGAAAAGCACUCAGGACAUAUUUCGGCCAACGGGCCAGUGGUGGUGCUGCGGCCCAACUUUGAUGAGAUGCAACCCUAUGCACACAUGAAUGGGGGAAAAAAGAACGAACGGGCGUUACCACUGCCCCAGUCGUCGGCCUGCUGAUAUCAGACCAGCCCCUGCACCCCCUCCUCCUCCUCAUACACAGGGUAACACAAACCUCUACUCCAUCUCUCAAGAAGGGAUGGGUGAGGUAAGAAAGGACUCACUUCUGCUGUGUGCCAGUAGAUAAUCUCUCCACUCCUUUAAGGUCAAGCAUAAACAGUAAAAACUGAAAAACAGCACAGAAUAGCAUUUGGAGUUUGGUGGCUCAGACACAACACUGGCAAACUCCUUCCUGUGCAGCCUGUAUUUAAGUCUUUGUUACAUAAGCCUUUCAAGAAGUUAAACAAGACAGGCAUGUAUCCUGGCUUAGAGAUUUAGACAUGAACUUAAAAGAAAAUCCUUUUUCACCAUAUCUGCCAGCAAAUCCAAUAGAAGAGCACUUUUUUCCUGAUGAUUUAACAGAGGAAGUUGUGGAUAUCUGAUUCUGUAUUUAUACAAACACAGGAUUCUCUCUAUAUUAUGAUUUAACUCCAUUUCUAAAAUGACUUUCCAUCAAAAUAACUGAGCUGGCUGGCUCAUGUUAUGGGAGGAUGCUUCAAUUUGGAAGUUUGGACUAAGAUUUUGUCAAUUAAAUGUUCCUGUUGACAUUUCUGUGGAUGUAGAUCCUGUCAGAAGUGGGUCAAAAUGGAAGAGGGCCAAAAUGGAAGAGGGCCUUGUGUAUCUGCCAAAUGAUUGCCAAAUCAAACUUUUCUUUCCUCCACUUUGCAGAUCUCUUUUACAGAUCUCCCUUCUAGUUCUAAGGCUGUGAUUCAGAGUUGAGCUGAUGCUUACGUUUAAUACUAACUGCUCCUGGAGCAGCUGUGUGUGGAGGGGUUAUAACAGGACAGAAUACAGUAUUAAUGUUGAGAUGUGCUGAUUUCGCAUCUGCAGUCGACGUUUUCUCAGAAUAUCCUAUAUCUGCUCCAGGCGUGGAGUAAGCCUAGCAAGCACUGUCAAACCAUAAAGAGAAAUGCAACACAAAAUAAGUUCAUUCAGAAUUUGAAAUGUAAGCAAAGGCCUCUAAUCAAAUUUAAUAUUAAUAAUAUUGUAAUAUCAAUUAAAUAUUUAGUUAAGCAACCUCUAGCCUUAAAAUGAAAUUAUGACAAGAUUCUACAAGCAAAUACAAAAUCUGAAUUGAUGAACUGAACUUGCAUCCAAACUGGAUUAUCAAAAACAUGUAUUAAAGUUUAAUUGUUUUGCAUACAGAUUAGUUGCAACUAUUUGCUUGACAGAAAUUUAAUUUGGAAAUAACUUGGUAAUCCAUUAACUGCUUAAGUCAUUUCACUGGUUCCAGCUUUUUCUUUUUUGUCCUGUGUGGAAAAACGGUGGAUGUUUGGAUUUUGACAAGCAAUUUGAAAACAUCAGCUUGUCACUAUUUUCUAACAUUUCAUAUACCAAACAGUUAAUUGAGAAAAUAAUUGGUAGGUAUGUUGUAUCUUGAAUAUCUGAGGGAAGCGCACGUGACUUGAGUCAGCGAAGUCUGAAUCACAGCCUCACUAAAAGACGUUUGAAGUCCCACAAUGCAAAUCACAAAACUUGAAUCAAGAGAUAUGACUUUGCCUCCGAUUUCAUUUAUUCUUAUCUGACAUAUUUAAGUCUGCAUUUCAUGUGGGAGGUGUUCGAAUUCAAAUUAAGUGGCACCAAAUACAUCACAACAAAUAGAAUCAAAGCCCCACGUCAGAAAACGAGGUGGCGUUGGAUCAGACUUCAGUAGCCCAGAGACGGGGUUUAAGUCGCAGCAGGUCUCUUUCAGAAAAGUCUGUUUCUCUACAUUUCAAAUACAAAGCUCUUACAGUUGUAUUUUAGACUGCAGGACCGCUUUUUUUAUACACACCAUUGGAUUUGUCACUCUUUUAAACCUUUUUACAGUUUGGCUCGACGUCUGUACAGAAAAAAGCUGCUAUUUUUUUUUUCUUUUCUCUCUUUUGGAUGCUAAGAUGAUCCUUCAGGUUUGGUAUCAUGGUCUCCACGACAGUCCAUUUCUUAUAUCUUCAAACGCUGUAAAAAAAAAAAAAAAAUUUUAUACAAGAUGAUUUAGAUAUAAAACCUUUUUUCUCUAUUCCCCCAAAAGGCUUUUCUGUAACACUACAUUUUGUUCAUUGCCUUUUAUUUUUAUGAAAUGUUUUUCUGUGUUUGUUUUGUGGAUGUCUAUAUUAUUAAUUAUUAUUAUAUUAUUAUUUGGAAUGGACACCUUAGCUCUACGUGUGAGCGUGUAUUUUCUGCACCCUUUUUUUUUUUUACUUGUUAUCUAGCGCUGCGCCUAGCAUUGCCCUCUCUAGGCGCAACUCAGUCUCAGGUCAAAGUAAAGGCUUCGCUUUCUCCACACAUUCACGUGGUCAUCCUCUGCAUUUCUCAUUUUAUAUGCUGACACCCCCACCAAAA